AUGGCUCCCCGCCGUCACAACAUCGGCGCGAGUCGUCGCCGGAGGAGGGAGGAGGAAGGGGAAGAUGAAGGUUCGGUAGAUGGAGGCUUGGAAGAGGAUUCCCUGAGCGAGGGGUCGGUUGCCAGUCAUCCGGAUGGGGAAGAUGCGGAUGGGGAGGUCACCGAUGAAAGUGAUGAUGAGGUGUCGACAUCGGUCCGGGCGGAGGACACCACCAACGGUCAUCACGCCCACCAACACCAUCACCGCCAGCACCAUCAUCCCCAGGUAAAUGGCGGUCGCCGUUCCAAACCCACCCACCCGCCGUCCGUUCGACGUCAUUCCGCCUCCCCCGGAAAACGGCAGUUGACGACCACCGUAUCCGACACCGAGACGAUGAUGAACGGUCUCAGGGUAUCCAACGACACCGCCGACGGGCCCGAGAUCGAUCGCAUCAGGAGUCCCAAGGGAGACCGCGCCCGCCAGACCGGGCGGACCCCGUCCGCUCCGCCCACCGAGCAACGGCGCGAAUCGUUGGCUGACAAGAAACGCCGGGAACCCGAAAAGCCCGCCAAGGAGAAGGAGGAGAAUCCUCCUUUCGUGCCCACCCGCGGCAGCUUCUUCCUGCACGAUAAGCGCUCCACCGAGUCGGCCUCCAACGGCCACAAGCCGUUCAACAAAUCCAAGUCCCGCCCGUACGGCUUGAUCGUGGACGGCAACGUCCGCCGACACCCCGCGCGAACGGAUGCCAGCCAAGGGCCUUGGAGACAUGACCUCCACGACACCGUCGUCGGCGCCGGUCCACCGCCCUCGAAGUUGGCCCCCGCCGCCCACGGCCCCGUCAACCAUCCGCCUAAGCCCGUCCCCAUUGCCCCCAAGUCGGCCCCGCCCAACCGAUCAUUUUCCAGUACCACGUUGAUCGGGAAUGUCCCCGUCGUGGUCUUCCUGCCGGGCAUGCCGGCCCCGGUUCCCUGCGCGUCCGUCGCGAAGAAACAGUAUACCCGUCUCCCGGAGCAUCGUCCGCCCCUGCGUCGCGAUAAACCCGUCCGCAUCUCGCUCCCCGACCAACCCGCCCGGUACAUCCUGCCGGCCACCGAGCGAUCCUUCAUCUUCAUCCCCCGAGCGCUGCGUCCCAACCAGCAGGCCUAUCGCGGUCGAGGCCGCGGUGGGUUCUACGGCGGCGGCCGCCGUCCCAGCUUCUAUGCCGGAUCCACCUACGCGCCCAGUGUGGCCAUGAGCCGCCGCUCCUCCCUCGGGAAACCGCCCUCGCACGAGGGAUAUCCCUCGCCCGCCGGGUCGAUGCUCUCGCGGCAGACGAUGGUGGCCGCCGCCGCUGCCGCCGAGAGCAACAAGCCCGUGGUUCGCCUGCCCCCUCCGCAUCGGCCCCCCGGGGGUCUCCCCCCGGCGACAGCGGGCCCCGGUGCGAUGCCCCCGGUCGGUCCUCCGGCGCUCCCGCAUCCCCCACCGCAGCAUCCGGCCUACCGCGAGAGCCGUCCGGCGCCCAUCCCGAUGCAUCAGCCCCGCCCCCAGAAGACGGUGUCGGUGGCCGACAUCGAGACGCCCGCCAGCUUCCCCUACAACCCGCCCCAGCCGCAGGCGGAGCCGCCCUUCCAUCACCAGGUGCCCGCCCCCGUCAGCGGCCCGGGCUACGGCCCCGACGCGUCGGCUCCGCCCGCGAUGACGCCGCUGUCUCAGAUCCCUGAGCGGGCGAUCCACGCGCAGCCGUUCCAGCCGCACGCGUAUCCGCCGAUGCAACCGUACUACCCGACUGGCUACCCCGGCGGGGGUGUCUACUACCCCGGUCCGGGAACGGAGUAUCCGCCGUACCAGGCGGGCGUGGGACCGGGCACCACCUCGGUGCCGCCCUUCGCGCCGGGGCAGCCCGGCACGGUGGCGCACGAGGCCGGGGGUACGGUCUACUUUUACGACGCGUCCCAGCUGUACCCGAACGCGCAGUAUGGUGUGCCGGCGGGGGCCGGACCUGGUGGGGUGGUGGGGAUGGGCGGGAUGAUGACCCCGCCGGGGGCAACAUAUUACUAUCCCACGGGCCCGGGCGGUGCCGCCUAUUAUGGCACGCAGUAG